UGCGCCUCAUAUUUGUCUCCAGUAUUUCUUUGAGAACACUGCAUAUGCAAAGACAUCAAUUGCAUAAUAUAUGUUCUCAAAGACAUACAGAAUGACAAGAAAUUACAGUUCACUGUUGUUUCUUUGCCUGUUAUGCUUCUUCCUGGUUAGGUCUCGAGCAAACAAUGUGCCUGCAUUGUUUAUAUUUGGAGAUUCACUUCUUGAUGCUGGUAAUAAUAAUUGGCUUUCGACAAAGGCAAAAGCAAACUACUUUCCUUAUGGCAUAGAUCAUCCUCUUGGAGCCACCGGUAGAUUUACUAAUGGCCGAACUAUUGCAGAUUUUUUCGCCGAAUGGCUUGGAUUGAAAUUCCAACGGCCAUACAUGCAAGUGGCAACGCUUCAUAUUGAAGAUAUCUACGAUGGUCUAAACUACGCAUCUGGCUCGGCUGGAAUUUUCUGUGAAACUGCUCGUGAACACGUCGGAAUUAAUUUAAGCAUGGGAAAACAAGUCAGCCUAUUCAAUAAGACGGUCAAGAACCUUUUACCAUUGCGCUACAAGAGCGAGACUGAGCUUGCAAAUUACUUGUCAAAGUCUAUUUUUGUUGUUUAUAUCGGGAACAAUGAUUUUCUUUUUAACUUUGAGGAUUUUCUAAAACCUAAUAUUACAAUUCGGCCAACUAAUCCCGAUGAAUUCUCCAGUUUACUUGUGAAGAAACUCGGAGAUUAUUUAAAGGAGUUGUACCAAUUGGGAGCUAGAAAAUUUGUGGUCUUCGAGCUUCCUCCUUUAGGUUGUUUUCCGGGUAUUGCAAAAGAGCUACGCGCAAGGAAUGAAUGUGACGAGAAGCUUAAUAGUUAUUUGAAGAUCUUCAAUGCCAAAUAUGCCAAAGUGGUUGACGAUUUGAGGUCACUUCAAGGCUCAACUUUCGUUUUUGCAAAAACUUUUAAUCUUACCUAUGACAUUGUACAAAACCCUACCCACUACGGGAUUGCUGAUUCAGAAUUAUGUGUUUCCAAAGAUUGGAAAGCUUGCGAAAAUAGGAAAGCACACGUCUUCUUUGAUCCUGUUCAUCCCACUGAGAUAACAUACAAUAUUAUUGCAAGCCAAUGUUUUAAUGGCACAAGUUUGUGUUAUCCCAUGAAUGUAAAAGAACUCGCAGACACAAUAUGAUAAUCAUAGGACCACACUCAAAUGUUUUGUUUAUUAA